AUGGCAUCUCAUACAGCAGAAGAGGUUGCCAUCAGCUCCAUAAAGGACAAAGGAGAACCUGGAAUCCAAGGCCCCCGUGGCUUUCCAGGAGAGCCGGGUUCCAAAGGACCUCCAGGUACAAAUGGGCCCAACGGUGUCCCAGGAAAACCAGGGCCAGUAGGGGAGCCAGGACCUCUUAGCCCAGAGGGCAUGACUGGCCCAAUUGGAAAGCAGGGAAAAGAGGGACCAGCUGGUCUUGAGGGACCUCCGGGGGACAAAGGAGAGAAGGGCAAAGAUGCUGAUCCUGGUGAUGUUGGCAUCCAUGGGCUGGAUGGAGAGCAGGGUGCCUUAGGCUCACCUGGAAGACAAGGUCAGCCUGGAUUGAAAGGGGAACAGGGUGACAGAGGAGCCCCAGGAGAAUCAGGCAUCAAGGGAAGUCUUGGAGAAACUGGAGACAAGGGCUCCAAAGGGCCACCUGGGGAAUUUGGAGAACAUGGGAAAGAGGUAGUUGCACAACAUUAUUUGAAGGUACAUUUUUGA